AUGCAGUUCACCAAUCUUCCCCGUCUCCUGGCCCUGGCACCACUCGUCGCCGGCCAGCUCUCCAUAUAUCCUCCUGGUGGCUCGGGUACCAUCGCCGUCAGCAUUCGUGGCGACACUGAGCCUACUGGCUGCAUCGAUGCCGCCGGACAGUGGACUGUGAACCAGGGGAGAUGCGCCUCCGUUGGCGGCAACGGUCAGGGUGGCCUCGGUGGCCCUGACGGCUUCUACAUCCUAAAUUCCUCCGACAUCGUCACGACCACAACGGUGACUUGGUCCACGGCCUGGGUCGGAACCCACGUCUUCCAGGGUCGGACCGCAUAUGACCUUAUUGCCAACAUUGGUGGGUCGCCAACUGGCGGCCCGGUUUGGUACGCCAGUGAAGUUCCGGAGAACGAUGACUCAGUCGCCCUAAGCGGCACUGCCUCCGCUGGUGCUGUCGAGAUCAACCUCACAUUCCAGUCUACGGCUUAG